AUGAAGGUUCCAGAAUUCUCUGCUAGUUCAGGCGAGUGGAGUGGAGACUUUCUCUUGCACAGAAGCCCUCCUCCAAACUCCAAGGAUUGCAUCGGGACACUUAAAAAUGGGUGGCUCUUCCUCGCUGCUUUUGCUGCUGUAUUGGGAAACUUCAAUUUUGGUUUCGCUUUAGUAUAUACCUCCCCGGUCAUCCCAGUUUUGGAAAGAUCUCCAAUCCCUAACUUGAGACUCAAGGAGGACACAGAGUCUUGGUUUGGGUCUGUAUUUACUCUGGGCGUCGCUACAGGUGGCUUGGGCACCAUGUACUUCAACGACCGCUUAGGCCGCAAGCUGAGCAUCAUACUCUCCGCUGUGCCAUCUGUCAUUGGCUAUCUCUGCAUGGCUGGCGCCCAAGAAAUCUGGAUGCUGCUGGUGGGCAGGUUGCUGACGGGAUUUGCAGGCGGUGUGACCUCUGCUUCUAUUCCAGUCUAUAUUUCUGAGAUCAGUCACCCCAGAGUCCGAGGAACGUUGGGUUCCUGUCCUCAACUCAUGGCUGUCUUGGGUGCUCUCUUCUUGUACGCUUUAGGCCUCAUCCUCCCCUGGCGAUGGCUGGCUGUGGCUGGAGAGGUGCCCGUUGUCUUCAUGGCCGUCUUGCUCUGUUUCAUGCCCAACUCACCUCGUUUUCUGAUCUCCAAGGGGAAGGAGGAGGAAGCCCUUAGUGCGCUGAGGUGGCUGCGAGGAGAAGAUGUGGAUUACUGGUGGGAAUAUGAGCAGAUCAAGGACAGUGUGAAGGAGCAGAGAAAACCAGUGUCUUGGGCAGAGAUCAAAACACCCUACAUCUGGAAACCGAUCGCAAUCACCUUGCUGAUGAGAUUCUUGCAACAGCUGUCGGGCGUCACUUGCGUCUUGGUAUAUUUGCAGACGAUAUUUGACCACACAGCAGUCAUAUUGCCGCCACAGUAUGAUGCUGUUAUCGUUGGGGCCGUCCGCUUGGGGUCUGUGCUGGUUGCCGCAUUCUUCAUGGAUAAAGCUGGGAGAAGAAUCCUUCUGUUUAUCUCAGCUAUUGUCAUGUUCUUCUCCAACCUGACUUUGGGCUUGUACAUCCACCUCAUACCCACGCACAAUUCCUCUGCAGUGAUGGUUAAUGGUAGCCACAAUGGCCUCGCCACCAGCCCGACCAAUGGCCUCACAGUUCUUCCUCUGAUCGCGACCAUGUUCUUCAUCACAGGCUAUGCCAUGGGCUGGGGUCCCAUCACUUGGCUGCUGAUGGCUGAGGUUCUCCCACUGAAGGCCCGAGGGGUAGUUUCUGGGUUGUGUGUGCUAGUGAGUUGGCUGACCGCUUUCGCCUUGACCAAAGUCUUUCCGAUGGUGAUGGGGAAGUACGGCCUGGAAGUCCCCUUCUUCUUCUUCAGCGCCAUCUGCGUGGUGAACCUUAUCUUUGCAUAUCUCAUUCCUGAAACCAGAGGGAAGUCCUUGGAGCGGAUAGAAUCCUAUUUCCGCACCGGGCGGAAAUCGUUUCUGGAAUCUUUCCGAGGACGUAGGUGAACAUUCAAACACUCAUUGAGAAUGAGAGUGAUAUUGGUUGAUCACUGUGGUGACUAUUCCCUAAAUGAACAGGUCUCAACCAUCAUGAAAUGGAGAGGUACAGGGAGAUAUCACUCCUUUGCAUCUAUUCGUAUCGUUCAGAUUGAGACAGAAUACGGCAACUAAGAGACAGCAAUACAAAUCAAGAUGCAGUUCGAUGUCCCUUCCACGGUCUUAUCCCUGCUCCUUCAGUUACAAGGUGGCAACAGUGACACUGACCUAUCUUACAAGGUUGUCGUAAGCAUCACGAAUAUAACGUAGCACUUUGAACCAUGUAAAGACUAUAUAAAGUUGAAGCAAUAUGUAUUACAGAGUCACAGAAAAACAGGAACAGCACUUGUGUGGCCCUUACACAGAACCGUGGUUUUCUGGACAAAUAUCUCCCUGCCCAAACGAACACAUCUGCAUUGACUAAAUAACAUUACAGCCUUAUACUUUUCUACUCACAAGUAAGUGCACUGAGUUAAGUCAGUUGGUGGGUAUAGUUAUGAGGGCAAUGAGUGUAUUACCCUCAGAAUAAGAAUCAUCCCCCCCAUGAAAUGUUUCUUCAGUCUCCAGUUUUCUGGCAUUGCAGAGUGAGGCACUGGAAAUUGUUCACACUUUGUUGUUGUGUGACUUCAAGUUGUU